ACUUUCCGCGGUGUAUGUCGACUGCGUAGGAAAUAACCUUAUCGAUCCAAAUAAAGGAAGGUUAUUUGGAGCUCUCGAUUUCCGGUUUCUCCUUUGUUCCACUUCCGUUUUGUUCGAGAGCCAAUCAGGUGUGAGAAUAGACCCGAAGCUUCUGGAUCGUGACCUGAGGGAAAUUUGCGCUGGUUCAAAAUAUUUUGAGCUGAUUUGUCACGAAUGGGCAGGGUUUGCUCCAAAUUUACCUGCUACUAUUAUGGCGAAAAAGAAAGACGCAUAUACAGUGAUUCCAGUCAACGUUGAGGAGAAGGAAAUGGAAGAGAUGCAGCCAGUUACGGAUAAAACCGAUCAAGCCGAAGAUGAGAUGGAAGAACGCUUUGAUAAAGAGUUCUGGCUGAUGGUUCAAAACAAAGUGAAAGAUGCAAACCUUUCAUGGAAUAGAGCAAUGGAUGAGGUCAGAGUGGAUCGGCUAAUCAAAAAAUAUGACAAAAAUGCUCUUCUUGUCAUCAUUCAUGACUGGCCACAGAAGAAGAAAUACAGAGAUAAACCAGAACUGAUCCCAAGUUUGGAGUAUCUGUGUUGAAGGCUCUUUCUACAUUGUGUUUUUAACACUGUUAUCUUACGCCCUUAUCUACGGCUCGACGCUUGACGAUCCAACGCAGUACGGUGGCAGAGCGAAUGGCUUGCGUUUGUUCUGUGAAGUUCUUUCCAUCAUUUUUCUCAUGUUUUACUUCUUUGAAGAGGUCAACCAAGCAGAACGGGAGCGGAGAACUUAUUUCAAGGAUCCGUACAAUUAUUUUGAUUGGUUGGGUCUCAUUUUGACCUUCCUUGUGAUUCCUCUUCGAUUUGCCGAAGUCAGAUAUCAGUGGAACGUGGCAGCCCUCGGUUAUCUGUUUAAUUUUCUCCGACUUUUCAAGUUUUCGUGCGUUACAAGAACCACGGGUUUGUAUACCAAGACUCUUGCCAGGAUCAUCUACCGCGACAUCACUCGCUUUAGUGUGGUGUUUACCAUAGUGUUUCUUGGAUUCUGUGGCGCCAUGUUUAUGGCGCUGAAAGCUACUGGUUCUCAGGAGCUUUUUAG